GCCAUCAUUCAGUGCGACGUUUAUUAAUGUUGUAAGAUGGCGACGGUGCAUCUGAGGAUCGGAGACCUAGUGUGGGGGAAGCUUGGCCGUUACCCACCAUGGCCAGGAAAAGUAGUGAGCCCCCCCAAGGAUCUGAAAAAACCAAGAGGCAAAAAAUGCCAUUUUGUGAAAUUCUUUGGAACUGAAGACCAUGCCUGGAUCAAAGUAGAACAGCUGAAGCCCUACCACGCCCACAAAGAGGAAAUGAUCAAGAUAAAUAAAGGAAAACGUUUCCAGCAGGCAGUUGAUGCAGUUGAAGACUUUCUAAAGAAAGCAAAGGGGAAAGAGCAGAACUCGGAUGGCAAAGGAGAAUCAAAAGGAAAGAAAACACCAAGCAAGCCUCUGAAAAUACUUGAGGAGGAGGAUGAGGAUCUCAGUGCCCUCAAGGACCCAUCUGAAAAGGACUUAACUGACUCUGAUCCAGAGCCUUCCACUAUUGAGAGGCUUGGGGCUGGACCUGGCUCAGGAUUCAAAUGGGAAAGCAGUCCCGUGAAGGACGACCCACAUUUCCAUCACUUCCUACUAAGCCAGUCUGACAAGCCAGCAUCAUCAAUGGAACCUAUUAGUAAACGCCUGAAGAUCAUUGAAGAGGACACAGGGUCAACUUCCAUCCAAGCAGCAGACAGCACAGCCAUCAAUGGAAGCAUCACACCAACAGAUAAAAGGAUAGGGUUCCUGGGUCUGGGACUGAUGGGUAGUGGUAUUGUUUCCAACCUUUUGAAAAUGGGUCAUGUUGUCACAGUGUGGAACCGCACAGCAGAAAAGUGUGACCUGUUCAUCCAGGAGGGGGCCAGGUUGGGUCGGACUCCUGCAGAGGUUGCUUCCAUGUGUGACAUCACUUUCUCUUGUGUCUCAGACCCAAAGGCUGCCAGGGAUUUGGUAAUGGGACCAAGUGGAGUGCUGCAGGGAAUCAGGCCAGGCAAAUGCUAUGUUGAGAUGUCCACUGUAGACCCAGAGACCAUCACAGAACUCUCACAGGUUAUUACGUCGCGGGGUGGCCGUUUCUUGGAGGCUCCAGUUGCUGGAAGCCAGCAACUCUCCAAUGACGGGAUGCUGGUCAUACUGGCAGCUGGUGACAGAACGGUUUACGAAGACUGCAGCAGCUGCUUCCAGGCGAUGGGCAAGACCUCCUUCUUCCUGGGUGAAGCAGGGAAUGCAGCAAGAAUGAUGCUGAUCCUCAACAUGGUGCAAGGUAGCUUCAUGGCCACCAUUGCAGAAGGGCUUACUUUGGCCCAGGCCACCGGGCAAUCCCAACAGACCUUCCUAGACAUCUUGUGCCAGGGCCAGAUGGCGAGCACCUUCGUGGACCAGAAAUGCCAAAAUAUUUUACAGGGCAACUUUAAGCCGGACUACUAUUUGAAACAUAUCCAGAAGGACCUGAGGCUGGCCAUAUCCAUGGGUGACAUGGCCAACCAUCCAACCCCAAUGGCUGCAGCUGCCAAUGAGGUUUACAAGCGGGCUAAGGCACUGGACCAGUCAGACAAUGAUAUUUCUGCAGUCUACAGAGCAUACAUUCAUUAGAGUGAGCUGUGAUCUCUCCUCAGGACCACGCAGUCUUUCAUCCCUUAUUAUUCUCCCUUGUCAUGUAUCAUGUUUUUAAUUUUAAAUUCUUGGGGGUUUUAUUUUCCAUUUUCCACAGCGCCAGCCAUGUUUCCUGCCCACAAAUCAUGAGAUAGUAAUUCCUUUGUUAACAGCAACCUUGAGAAAAGCACGGACUGCAUUGGAGGUAAAUGGGCUGUAAGAGUGCUCCAUACAAGGUUGUUUAUUCUGCAUUGCUGCAGUUCACUGUAGGAGGAAGUUUGUGUGGUUUCUGAAAACUUAAAGUUUCUAGUAGUUGUUCAGGGUGUUUGGCAAGGGUGUUUGGUCAAGUGCCACUGUGAAGAGUAGGGGGUCUGACUCAUUGCUGUCACAUUAAGUGGCUGCGUAAAACCCUACAGAUUUUUUGUUUAUGUGCAGAUGAUGAGUUUAUUUAAUUGAUUUUGAGCUUUGCUUUCUUUUAAAUGUCCAGAAUUUUAUGGAAAAAAACACCAAGAACCUGCCACUGCAUUGCCUUAAUAUUAUAACCCCCUGAGUCUUUCAAUAAUAGAUGUAUUUAUUUAUGUUUCUAGGUCUACUUGGCAACAUUUGGCAUGGCUUGAUUCUGUAUUCGAUUUGAUGAUUUAUGCUUUUAUGUUUGUGUUUAUGAUCUUUGUUGAACAGGUUAAAGAAUGAACAACAGUUUGUUAAGGCCUUAAAAUGCAGUAAUUAUUGGUUUUUGUUUUCAAGACUCGAGAUUAUGUCAUCUACAAUCCUUCAUUCUUGUGUUUGGAAGAGUUCUCAUUCUCAAAUUGAUCUUUUAAAUAUUUCUCUGAAAUGACAUGAAUCUACGUGUUGAGUUUUAUUUUAAGUUGAGGUCAUAAUAAGCGCAACAUCAACGGUUUCUUUUUUUUGGUAGUCAUAAUAAAGACGUUUUGGAGGGGAAUUUUAAAACAUCCUGGGACACAAAUGCAGGAUUUAAAACAAAACUAAUGAAACACUUGAGAGUUGGUGCUUUGGGAAGAUGUCUAUUACAAAACUGAAACUAAAAGCUGUAAAAUGAAUACAUUUGACUUUGUUUUGUAGUUAUAAGUGCAGUAUCAGUCAAACUUUUAAAUAAACAUAACUCACUUAAUCUAAA